GCUGCUGCCUCUGUUCUUACUCUCUUCUUACUUCCCUUCUCUCUCUGUCUCUAAAAACCCUUUUUUUCUCUCUCUUUCACACACACCAACCAGACUCGAUCAGUGGUGGCAGAUAGAGAGAGACAUGAUGUCAACUUCCGGCGCCGGCAGGUACAUGGCUUUUCCGCCGUCUCCGUCCGCGCCUCCGUCGCCGCACCUCUCCGGUCUUCGCUCCACUCCCCUCUCCGACCCGGACAAAUAUCUAGCUGAGUUGUUGGGAGAACGUAACAAGCUUAGUCCCUUCAUGGCUGUGCUUCCUCACUGCUUUCGAUUGUUUAACCAAGAAAUUUUGCGUGUAACCACGCUGAUGGGGAAUGCAUCAGUUUUAGGUCAAAGUGGGCUUGAACACGCUAGCCCCCUGGCUACUGGAGGAAUAUUUUCAAAUGGAGGUGCCGAUGUGAACGGAUGGGCAUCACGAUUUCAAUCAGAAAGACCCAGCUUGUUACAGUCCUCAUCAACACAAAACUGGCUGAGUCCACAAGGUAGCUCAUCUGGUAUUAUUGUUAAAAAGACGGUCAGAGUAGAUAUUCCUGUGGACGCAUAUCCUAAUUUUAACUUUGUUGGUCGCCUCCUAGGCCCUAGAGGAAACUCUCUAAAGCGUGUAGAAGCAAGUACUGAGUGUCGUGUCUUGAUCAGGGGCCGAGGUAGCAUUAAGGAUCCAGCUAGGGAGGAAAUGAUGAGAGGAAAACCUGGGUAUGAGCAUCUGAAUGAACCUCUCCACAUUCUAGUUGAGGCAGAAUUACCAGUUGAAAUAGUAGAUGCUCGCCUGAUGCAGGCACGUGAAAUACUUGAAGAUUUGCUCAAACCGGUGGAUGAAUCUCAGGAUUUCUACAAGAAGCAGCAACUUCGGGAGCUAGCAAUGCUGAAUGGCACUCUUCGUGAGGAGGGUUCUCCCAUGUCUGGUUCUGUUUCACCCUUCCACAACAGCCUUGGUAUGAAGAGGGCCAAGACCAGGGGGUAAAUUAUCCUAAAGGGUGAGAGGGAUUUUGGAGCUUGUGUUAAUUUUCUACAUCAUCACUUACCGUGCCACAGGUAAUGCUGUCAACGAAUGCCCUGAUCUGCGAUCGGGGCACUGGCAUCAUAGUGCCAGUUCUAACUUGUUCUAUGUGCAGUGUGUUUAUAUUGAGUUUGGGGGAGGUUUAAAGAUGGUAGCACGUAGUAAAGGUCCAAUUGAGUUUGGUGAAUUUGCUUUUAUAGUGUUGGUUAAGGUUUGGUUAGAUAUUCACCAAAUCUGUCUAUACUACUAUUAUAUGGGGUUAUAUUUGCUGAUAAAAAAAAAUAUGGGGUUAUAUUUAAGCUUGCAAUAACAGUUUUGAUAUGUUUUUGGUAUUUUCUGCGAGGAAGGUAAUGUUAAUGGUUUGUACCCAGAUUGUGAGGCAGAUAAAUAUCUACUUCAAUGCGUCUAUGGGUGACAUUUUGUAGUAUCUAAUUUAGAUUAUAAAUUCGUGAAAUACCUUUUCUGGGGUCAAAUAGUUUUUAUACAA